AAGAAAGAUGAAACAUGGCAACGUAACGGCAAGAAAAUAUCUAAAAGCACUUAUUAUAACCAACAAGCGAAAACGUUCGGUAGUGAAAAUUACGACAUUUGGUUGUGUUAAAUGCAACGAUGAAUCGCAAAAGAUAGUCGAUAUUGAUGAAAAAAAGUAGACAUAUAUGUAUAUUGCAAAUGAUCGACACCGUGUUCCGUCCAAUGAUAUAAUCUUCCUUGAAGUCAAGGAAAAUCUUGUGGCGCUGUUUCAACAGCUGAUCAACUGGCACAAUCUCCAAGCAAAAUUCUUGUUUCCAGUUAGCUAGGUGAUUCGCGAUAAACGAUGGCCGAAUAUGUAUUGAGAGUUAAAACGAAAUCAGGUCAAAAGGUCGUGAAUGGAUUGCUUCCGCAGGAUAAACUUGGCAAAUUACGAUCAAAACUUGUUGAAAUAACAGGAAUACCAGCAGAGGCACUUCAUGUUCUUGGUGGUUUUCCACCGAGACCAAUUAAUCUGAAUGACGAAACGAAUUCGCUUGAAGUGUCCGGCAUCAUUUCAGGAGAUACCUUGAUUGUUGAAGAAAAAUCGCCACUUUAUAAUGGGAAACAAAAAUCAGAAGAAAUCGGACGAACACACAUCGUUGACGAGAAAAAUUUCACGAAUACACCUGGUGUAUUAAUGAAGAAAGUCGUACCUGCAGAUAAUUCUUGCUUGUUUACCAGCGUUGGCUAUGUACUCAAUGGUAAAGUGGAUCCUAGUUGUUCAAAUUUUAUGAGAGAGAUUAUAGCAAAUGCAGUAGCAUCUGAUCCUGAAGAGUAUUCAGAAGCUUUUUUGGGCCAACCAAAUCCUGAAUAUUGUAAAUGGAUUUUAAAACCAGAAUCAUGGGGUGGAGCUAUAGAACUGUCAAUAUUAUCUAAAUUUUAUGGAUUAGAGAUAGCAGUAAUUGAUAGUAUUAAUGCUAUAAUCAAUAGAUUUGGAGAAGAUCAACAUUAUCCUCAAAGAGUUUUUCUAAUAUUUGAUGGAAUUCAUUAUGAUCCUUUGUAUUUAGAACCACUUGAUGGUAGCAGCAUUCAAACAAUUUUUCCUACCGAAGAUGAGAAAAUAUUAUUUGAAGCAGCUGAACUUGCAAAAGAAGUAAAAUCUAGUCGUCAAUUCACAGAUAUUCAAAAGUUUAUGUUAAUAUGCAAUGAUUGUAAAAUCAGAUUAAAUGGUCAUAUGGAGGCUCGGCAACAUGCCAAGGAAACAGGUCAUAUGAAUUUUGGAGAAGUAGCUGUGUAAUAACUAAAUUAAUCUUCAAUAAUUAUCAAUCAUUUUUGAGUGGACUGCUAUUGAGAAUCCUACUAAAUUCAAGUCUCAAGCAGAAUUUUCUACCUAAACGAGGCUUGUAAGCAGAUCAGCUAUUUAAUAUUAAUACUUUGUUAUUAAUGUAAGAUGUAUGCAGUGCACUAUGAGGAUUGUUUAGAUAUGUAAUUUACACAGAUUUUUAAUUUUGUCUAAAGAUUGAUAUUUCUAAACAUCAAAAUUUAUAUAAUAACCUUUAUCACAAUAUAAACAGUUGUAACUUAUUAUACCCAACACAUUUUAUCCUCAAUAAGUAUAUUUUUAUGUUUAUUUUAUUGGAAGAUUUAUUUGAAUUUUAAAUUAAAAUGAAAUUCUACAUAUUUUAUUUUAAUUUGACAACAAAUUGAAUUAUCUGUUUUAACAAAAAAAAAAUUAUUUAUUUUUACAAAUUGAACAAUAUUAAUUUUUAUAUGAAAAAAUAAAAUAUUUUCGGAAAUUUAUUAAUAAAAACAAUAUGUUAAACAUAUUCUUUGGUAAAAUUAAGAGUCUGUGAUAAAAUUUGCCUAAAUGGAAUUCAUUGCCUUAUUGGCAAUAAAUGUGUUCCAUACCAUAAACAUAAAUAUAAUAUAUAUAUAUAAAAUAUAUAUAUACAUUAAAAAAAAUAAAUCAUAAAGUUAAUUAUGAAGCGAAAUAAAGUUUCAAUUAGUUUUGUUUUCAAUGGCAAAUCACUUUAGUACUGUUAAUAGUGAAUUUUAUACGAUAUAUUUGAUAUAAUUUAAAUUACUA